AAGCUGUCAUCCUUGGUUCGUUGCGUCUGCUUAGGGCACACGAUCGUGAAACCUACAGCUACUUACCGACCGGUGGGCAGGAGUAACUAACCACAAUGUCGACUCCGUUAAAAUCCGCAUCAUCAUUUUUACUUCAAAGAAGAUGUUUGUCACCAAGAUCUCCAAGAUUAUUAUCAUCACAUGAAAAUAAGCAACUGUUUUUGUCCGUACCAAGUGCAGAGUCAGAACCGAAACUAACACCCCCGAAAAAGCUCACAAAAAUUUCCCAUGACUUUCCUUGUGAAGAAAGUUUAAAUUUGAAUACUCCCCGCAAGGAAAGUUUAUUAAAUAAUGGAUUAAACAAAUACGAUUUACCCCAUUUAAUAGGAAAAGGCUCAUUUGGUACGGUGCUUAAAGGAAAUUGCAAAGGAGAUAUGGUGGCGAUAAAAUUGAUAAAAAUAAAAUCACCAUCAGACCAAAUAAAUGAAAAUAAUGCACGCUCUCUUUUACACAGGAAUAUUAUCAGAAUCUUGGAUGUGAAAAUUAGCAGGAACUAUGGUCUUGUCGUGAUGGAAUACUACAAAAAUUCUAAAAACUUACAAGAUAUUAUGGACGAAAAUACCACAUUAAGCGAAGAAAUCGUUGCUAAUUAUAGUCUAGAUGUUACCAAAGGUCUAAAACAUUGUCACGAGAAUGGUGUUUUACAUUUAGAUAUUAAACCAAAAAAUAUCUUAUUAUGCAACAACGUUUGCAAAAUUUGUGAUUUUGGUAAUUCUAUGAAAGAAUUUGAUAGCAACCAAAUAUUUAGAUAUCAGGGAACAGUGGCCUACACAGCACCAGAAAUUUUGAAAGGAAAAACACCUUCUUCUAAAUGUGAUAUAUACUCUUUAGGUUUUUUAAUUUGGCAACUAAUGUCUGGAAAAAAUCCUUACGAAUGUUUAGAUAAUGAAGUAAUAAUUUACAAAGUAGUUAAAUACAAUUUUCGCCCUUCUUUAAGUUUUAAGAAUGAAAAUUUGUCAAAAUUAUGUAGUAUGUGUUGGAAUGAAAAUCCGGCUGUCCGACCAACAGCGGCAGAUGUCUGUGAUAGUUUGGAAAAUAUCUUGGCUAACAUUUCCACAAGAGAUAAAGAUGCUCACUUUCUUCGGUACGAAUUCAAGAAAAAAAUCAGUAUCUCCAGACACUGUCCACACAACUUAAGGGAUGACCAAAUAAUGCUACGUAUUUGA